AUGCUGUCCCGACGGACUACGGACUUGAACGCCAACAGCCUUUCAGCCGCAAACUCAUCCACUAUUGUCCGAUUUCCAAUCGAUUACGUCGAAUCCGAUGAUAUUGAGUCGACGGCGAGCGCUUCGUCGACCGACUCAUCAGCAUCGCAGAAAGCGUUUCUCGAAAUCCUAGACCGAGAAGCUCCAGCAAAGGACUUCGCCCAGGUCAGGGAAGAGGCGAAGCAACGUAAGCCAGGUGAUCAACCUGUCUGGCCAGAGUCAUACUACGCGUGGCCGAGCAAUGCGUUCGCCGGUUAUGUUGCGGCCAUGUGUUCCAUUCGAGCUGCAUUAUUCCAUGGUACCUGCGCAAACAUUACUUUUGCCCCCUUUGCGCUUUGCCGUACAUCACCGAGGGGCGUGAGGGAUCAGACCCAACAUAGUAUAGUAGAGACUUGA